CUUCGAGUUCACGGCCGUCAGAACAGAACGAGAACAUACACCGGGAGCCGGGAUAAUCAGGAGGAUAAGUUAUUAGUAACUUUUAUAGUAGGCUUAAUAUAAUAUGGAUUCGCUAAGUGGUUUAGGAUCGUUAUCCAGUGCACAGAAAGAUGAGUUAAUGGAACAAGUUAAACUACAAAUUGCUGUAGCAAAUGCUCAGGAGUUGUUAACAAAAAUGACAGAAAAAUGUUUCAAAAAGUGUGUACAGCAGCCUGGAACAUCCUUGAGUAAUUCGGAACAGAAAUGUGUAGCCAUGUGCAUGGACCGAUACAUGGACGCUUGGAACUCCGUCUCUAAAGCCUAUAGUAAUAGAAUAGAAAGAGAAAGAGCUAGACAGUGAUAACGCACUUUGAGUUUACUUGUAGUUUUGUGAAAUUGUGUUACAAAUCUUCAUAGUGAUUGUUCCACAAGAACUUGUGCAUUUACAACUGGUUUUGUGUGAUUUUGGCAGUCAGUAUCUGCAUCAGAAACCAUUCUGACCAUGGCAAUACCUUCUUUACUUGAAUCUAGUUAUUUUGUUACUUGUUAUUAAAUUCAUGUUAGAAGAAGCGUAAA